CCAUUCCGGAUGGUACGAUAAGCGAAAGGUGAGAACAAAAAUUGAGCGACUUUAAUGUUAAUGAGAGAGCAAAGGUGUCUACGAUAUAUAUUUGAAAGCUAUUUCGUGGCUUCUUUCGGAGAGGAGCCACCUAAUCAGAAUUCGCUUGAAAUGGAAAUUCAAUGCAUGCGGGGACCGUUCAGACACGUGAAAAACCCGUGAAGAGAGACAUGUUUUUGACACAGCAACAGAUGAGACAGCUGUCUACCAUCAUUGGUUUUAGUCGAACUAGUCAAAACAUUGUUGAAGUCGGAUCCGACUCUCACAUUUUYAUCCUCCCCUCCCUCUAACACAAACAAACAAUGUCAACUUGGCAUCCUUUCGCGAUUUCUCGUUAAACUCUGUUUCUAUACGCAGCAUCGAACAACGAGGAGGAACGGUAUCUUUGCACAGCAAAGGAGAGGGAAAGCCGCCCACCCAUUCUAAACUYUCUCGGGCUGUGCCGUGGAUUCAUUAGUGACAGAACAAACYCAAACCAGGCCUACUCAUAGUUUGUUGUCAUGUCGCCUUCCAACGCCAAGAAAUCUCUCGAGGGAAACCCUGCUACGUUCGGGCAUAUUCAACAACCGUUGCUCAAAGCCGAUGUCAGCAAUAKUAUWWGCAGCAGUGGAAACACCGCCGACGCUGCAUAUGAAGAAGGAAGACGCAAACCAUCGGGAAGCACUGAUUCAAACAUUCCUUCAAAUGUAACGGGGGAGGGAAAGGUCUCGAAUUCCGAGGUAGAUCRCAGUGUUUCUGAAGCUGGCACCUCAAAGGCGACACUCGGUACGCAAUCGAACAUCUUGCCAGUUUCCAAUACUCCUUCAYUAACUUCGCCUCCCAAUGACAGGCAAGAAAUUCCUUUAGAAUCAAGCGYAAUCGAGUCCUCAAUACUAGGAUUUCCUGAAGUUUUGUCUGUUGCCAACAAAUCGGAAGGAGCGAUGCCUAUCAAACCAAARCCUCCUCUCUCAGUAAUCAAAGUGGCCGAUGCUGUUGCAUCGGAAGGAACCAAAAAAUCCCCAACGAACAAUUCGUCAACCACAGCUCUUAUUCUCCCGACAAAAAGCACAGAUCGAACUGUCGGUGSUCCUUCUACAAAAAGCAAGGGAACAGCCCGCCGGCGUGGUAAAUGGACAAUAGAAGAAGAGGAAUACGUCGCAAGAGUGAUACAAGACUUCAAUUCCGGUUAUCUGAAUGCACCAGCUGGCUACACUCUCCGAAGCUAUUUAUCAGACAAGCUCCAAUGCGACCCAAUGAGGAUCACCAAAAAGUUUACUGGUGAAUCUUGUAUAGGAAAAAGGGUUUUCCACCCUGCUGUGCGGAAUGCUACAAAUGCAGCAGCCAUUGAYAAGGCCCAGGUGCGUUCUAUAAAAUAAUUGUUGCGUCGAUUUCCUGCAAURACUGCUAACUCCUUUGUCUCUGUUUCAACUUAUUGAUUCUUCUCUGGUGAAACAGUCUGAACUUGAUGCUCUCGAGAGAAG